UCCAAUGGCAAAUUGCACGCAGGAAAACAGGAAAAAGAAAAAGAAAACAAAAGAAGCUGCAAAUCUGAAAACAAAUCUAAGCAAUAAAUCCAAAAACAUUACAUUGUUCUUCACGAGAAACAAAAAAGCUCAUAUCUUUGGUUUAUUUUCUGGUUCUUCAUAUAUAUUUCUUUUAACAUAUGUAAUGCAUGUGUUUGGAAUCUAUAGAGAUGAAUAAAGCUGAGAAGAAUAUGGGAAAGAAUAUUUGAAACUGAGCUAACCCCAAAUAUGGCUGACGAUUUUUGUUUUUUCACCAAGGACUCCUUCAUCAUAAAGCCACCAAAGAAAUCUCCACUGAUGUUGAGACUGGUGGUCUUAAUCUUCGCAAUGGUAUGUGGAGUUUAUAUAUGUUCAAUCGGCUUGAAACAAAUUGGUGUGCGUUCCAGCGGACGGUUAUUAAGUGUUCAUGUGGUUGAAAAGCCAUGUGAGGCAACUGACAUUGAACCUACAGAAAAAUCUUACGUGCACUUCCCCAAGCCAAAGACUUUUAGCCGUGCAGAAUGUGCUUGCAAUCCUGUAAGGUAUUUUGCAAUUUUAUCGACUCAGAGAUCUGGUAGUGGAUGGUUUGAGACAUUGUUAAACAGUCAUAUGAAUAUAAGCUCUAAUGGGGAGAUUUUUUCUGUUAAAGUCCGGAAAAGUAACGUGUCAACAAUUUUGGAUACGCUGGACAAACUUUAUAACCUAGACUUUUUCACAAGCGCUUCCAAGAAUGAAUGUACAGCUGCAGUUGGACUCAAGUGGAUGCUUAAUCAGGGUCUGAUGCAGCAUCAUGAGCAAAUUGUUGAAUAUUUUAGAACUCGAGGAGUUUCUGCUAUCUUUCUCUUCAGAAGAAAUCUUUUGCGCAGAAUGGUUUCAAUGCUGGCAAAUUCCUAUGAUCAGAACGCUAAGCUGUUAAAUGGAACCCACAAGUCUCAUGUGCAUUCUCCCAAAGAGGCUGAGAUACUUGCAAGUUACAAACCUACGAUAAACACAACUUUGCUGAUCCCCAAUCUGAAGCAAGUAGACGACAUGGCUACAAAAGCCGUGGAAUACUUCAAUAGCACUCGACAUAUUAUCUUGUACUACGAAGACAUAAUAAAAAAUCAAACAAUACUGUACGAUGUUCAAGAUUUCCUAAAAGUUCCUAGAAGGGACCUUCACAGCCGUCAAGUGAAGAUACACAAGGGUCCCUUGUCUUCACAAGUCGAAAAUUGGGUUGAUGUUGAAAAGACACUCAAGGGAACGCCUUACGAAAGCUUCCUACAUGCAGAUUACAAAAUAUAGAUUUGCAGUCAUCGUGUACAGAUGUAGCUUGUGUUUGUUCAACUCAAUUCUUUCAUUAUUUACUGUUAGGAGAAGCUCUACUACACGUGAUCUUAGCCAAAAGGCCGAGAAAGGUAUACUUGUUAGCAGAAGUUAACAGGGGAGCUUCUAGUUAAGAUUUUGGUAGCAGCAGAUUGUCUUCUAGUUCUGCCAUACCAGGUAAUGGGUGUUGUCUUUGUUAAGUAGAAAUUUCUUUGCUUUUUUUUAAAAAAAAUUUAGUUAAGAACUUGUAAGCGAUACGAUUAAAGAAUUUUGUAAUUUUUGUUAUCAAUUGUUUAUUUGCUUUCUCCUUCAAGAAAGGCAGGAGUACUGAA